AAAUUUAUUUUAUAAAUUAACUUAUAAAAUAUCAUCUUUAUUCUACGUUCACGGAAAAGGAAAUUAUGGAACCAUAUUAAGUUAUAUAAUUCCAUCGAUUCAUAAAGAGACAAAGGCCACCAUUUACAGCGGGACGCAACAAAUUAAUCGGUGAGAUCGAUGCGAUCGAUACAUACAGGUAUUUUCGGCAUGGAUCGUGAUUAUUCGUCGUGCAUGCGUACAAUCACAGCGUAUAGGAACGGCCGUGAAAAGUAAACGUCAAUCGUGGUUGACAAUCGGAACUCGACGCACGAAUCCUCAGCGCCUCCGGUCUCGAUCGUUCGCCGCUCAUCGUCAGUCGGCGAUCGGCGCUCGUGCUGUUUGUAUCGUGUUUACGGGUGUCUCGAAUUCGUGAUCGCAUGUAUUUAUCGCCGCAAGUAUUCCUGUGAAUAUUUCAAAGUGUCGCGAGGUGUCUUAAAAUUGUAAAUUCUUAUUUUUAAUAGAACAUUUUAUUUUUGAUCUCUAUCGUUAUACUUUUUAUUCUCGUAAAAAAUCGUAUCGAACGAUAAAUUGGCCGACAUUCUUAAUCGUGAUACACAUCGAUUAUCUUAUCGUGGUCUAUACGGAAAGAGAAAAAAAAAAGAGAGGUGUAGUUCUCGUUGUGGCGUUACUGCGAGUGUUACGCAAUCGUCACGACCAACCGGUAUAAUGAAGUCGAAGACGAGCGAAAAUUUUAUUGCGAGUGAAAGUAACGGGGUCAAGAGGGACCAGGAACUCAAGCAGAAACAGCUGAAAAGGGGUAAAACAUUCUGCCAGUCUUGUAAGAAGAAGUGCAGCGGGGAGGUACUACGAGUGCAGGACAAGUAUUUCCACAUAGGGUGUUUCAAGUGUGCUCAAUGUAACGCGAGCUUAGCGCAGGGUGGUUUUUUCGCGCGCGAGGGCUCUUACUAUUGCACCAAGGAUUACAGGGAACGGUGGGGAACAAAGUGCGCGGGCUGUGGAGAAUACGUGGAGGGCGACGUGGUCACUGCCGGAGACAAGCAUGCCUUCCAUCCCAACUGUUUCCACUGCCAACGAUGCAGACAACCGUUACUCGGACAGGGGACCAAGGUUUCCCUCGUCCAAGGUCAAGCUCUUUGUCACCGAUGCGUCGGUAUCCCUGUCCGAGAGGCCUCGACGCCAAUCGGGAAUAGCUCCGCCACCCGAGGAUCCGGAGACGGGCCCUCCGACCCCGGUGCCUGCGCUGGUUGCGGAAACCAAUUACGAGAAGGUCAGGCUUUGGUAGCUCUCGAUCGACAGUGGCACGUAUGGUGUUUAAAAUGUCACAGCUGUGACACCGUCCUUCAUGGAGAGUAUAUGGGAAAAGACGGGGUGCCUUAUUGCGAGAAGGAUUACCAGAAGUUGUUCGGUGUGAAAUGCGCCUAUUGCAAUCGUUACAUCAGCGGAAAGGUGCUGCAGGCAGGUGACAAUCAUCAUUUUCACCCGACUUGUGCCCGUUGCACCAAGUGUGGCGAUCCUUUCGGCGAUGGAGAGGAGAUGUAUUUGCAGGGCGCUGCCAUUUGGCAUCCCCGUUGUGGCCCGGGUCCUAGCGGACCCAACGGUAUCGUGAACGGCCACGGAGAAGCUCACACGCCACAGCAUCGAGAAUCAGAACGGAUUUCCAGCAGCGCAUCGGAGAUGCAGUUUUCAUUGCGGUCACGCACGCCAAGCCUGAACGGAUCACUCUGCAGCCCUUACAGCAGCCUCAGUCGCAAGUAUUACCCCGCGCGAACUGGAAGUCCCGGAUUGAUAUUGCGAGAAUACGGACGUGGUCCAUCCGAAGAUGUGUCUAGGAUUUAUACUUAUUCGUACUUGACCGAAACGCCUACCCAAGGAUACUUGAGACGUCCGAUACAGCCGUACGACAAACCUCCGACUAGCCCACACUUUCAUAGACCUAGCUCGUCACGUUCGAUAAGAAGCAGUGGCGGACGCAGCAGCCGAUCUGGAAUGCGUGCUCUGGUCGAUGCUCUCAGCGAGACCAGACCAAAGUCACCGGCCAGUCAAGUAGAUAAUGACGAGCCAAUAGAGUUGGCGCAUUAUCCGGACGCCAUGAAACCUCCUCCUGGAACCAAACCGCCGAUCGAGAGAGAUGAUUUUCCCGCUCCACCUUAUCCUUAUACAGAUCCUGAAAGACGUAGACGAUGGUCCGACACUUAUAAGGGAGUACCUGCAUCCGACGACGAGGACGAAGUGGAUAACAAAACUUAUAUAAAGGAGGUGGAGGAGAAGUUGAAGAAAGAACAAGACGAGCUAAGCAAAAUCGAUACUGGAAUAGCGAAAGUGUUUUUGCAAGAUCGUGAAAAGGAUCGAGAGAAUUUGAGACACAGAGCCGCGAACGUUGAUCCUAGAAAUGCGUCGAGAACGCCAUCAGCUGCCAGAGAACCGACUUAUAGAUUGCGAUACGAGAGUCCAGUUGGCGCUUCGCCUUCGAGAAACAUAGAUCACGCCAGACCGUGGGAGGACGAUGAUGGUUUCAGUUAUAGAUCUAGCGUAGGACCUAGUUACAACGUUGGGAGGUCAUCGGCACGUUCCCCGGCUCCCAGAAACUAUCCACCCCUUGGUACUCAACGCGCCUUCACUCUUCCAAACGCCGCUAGGCACUAUCAUUCGGGUGAUUAUUCGUUCAGUGGGAUGGGAGACAAGACGCACAGCACUGAUUUCUCAUCUGGCAAAUCAGAUAUAUCGACAGGAAGCAUCACGGAUGUGGAUCGACGGGCAUUGGUAUGUACCACAGCCCCAUACUACUCCCGGCGAAUUAGCAUGAAUGAUGGUGGAAUGCUGCCAUCAUCUACCACGUAUACAGGUGGCCUAGGUUCGGUAGUUGGAAGUCACGGGGGCCAUCACGUAAGGAGAUCACUGCCAGACAUGGGGACAGCACCGUCCGAACCGCCGAAACUCUAUCCUUAUCAUUUACUCGUCAUCACAAACUACAGGCUGCCCGCUGACGUGGAUCGUUGUAACCUCGAAAGACAUCUUUCCGACGCGGAGUUUGAGGCAGUACUUCAAUGUACUCGUGCCGAGUUCUACAGAUUGCCGCAAUGGCGUCGUAACGAAAUUAAAAGACGUGCCCGGCUGUUUUAACUGGCAGCUAUCACGCUACGUGUUCUACUUAUUACCUUCAUCGUAUCACGACUGUGUUACCGUGCUAUAGAGUGUACAUUCCGUCGGCGUGGUAGGUGUAUGAAUGAGAGAAAAAGAGAACACGUUGUUCGGGGAAUCAACGAUUCGUACCGAUUUUCGAUCGCGAACAUCAACGAUAUCAAAGCGUUGUCAUCGUUGCGAAUGCAAAAUAAAAAAAAUCGAGGCAAUCUCGAUCUCGCCUCAUUUCGUACACGUUCACAGAGACACGUAUAAACAAAAUGCAUACACACAUGUUUAAACACGUAUAAACACACGUUCGCACGAUGACGCAAAUACUUAUAAUAUAUAUACAUAAAGGAGCACUACCAUUUGACGUCAAUUUUAUUCUCUCAGCAACGAAUCCACAGGCAGCUUGAUUUUUGAUCGUUCACAAACUAUUUCAUCGUAUCCUGUGAUUUCGAUGCUUCUUUCGGGAGAAUCUAUAUGUUGUUCAUAAGGAAACGAAAGGAAGAUAUGUUCAACCGUUUCUGUGAUUGACAGAAAAAGACCUGCUCGACUUGGUCGAAGACGAAACUUGAGAAUUGAAGAAAAAGGGUUGAAAAAGAAUUUAUGAUUCGACGUUGUUUAACGAAAGGAAACAUGUAUUGUAUGUAUAUCAACUAUUAAUAGUGAUGGUUUCAUGGGGAAUAUUUCAAGCAGAAAAUUGUUAUCCUGUAUUUAACAUGUACACACUUUCACGACUAUAAUUUUCACGAAAAGUGGGAAUAGUAGAUGAGUAAUAAUAAUUUUAGAGAAAUAGCUGAAAGUAAAGGUGGUCAGGAUUGUCUAAAAUUUUAUCAUUUAACUGGAACAUCAUUUUGUGACUUAGAAUUUACCCGUGAACGUCGACGUACAUAUAAAAUAGCGCGAUGAGAAGAUGUGCAAGAUUCAAAGCGAAUAAAAA